UGUGAGGGGUCGAUUUCUACAGUGCGGCCUCAGCCUGCCUGCCUCCAGGAAGUGGUCAGUCUUCGAAGUGGUUUUCGGUUUGGACUGUUUUUGUUCCUAAACAAAGUGCGAGUCAUUUCCCGUGGCCAUUAAAGUAACUUACGUUAAAGCGAUUUAUCGUUUUGUUGCCAUUCACGUCACUUAUAUUUUAUUAAAAUAUUUAGGAAUCUAUAAGAGAUGGGACCCGGAUAACGAGAAUAUUCUAGAAACACCAAGAGUACGGGGUUUCGAUUGCGGGAAGGGGUGAGCAGAGGCCCGCGGCGGUCAAGGAGCUUAGGGAGGGCUGAAGAAGUACGGACUCGCCGGCCAUUGUGCACAAAGACGGGGAGACGACACUCCAAAUAAUACAUGUUUUGACCUCUGAUUCUGUUCCGGGAGAUUUCUGACCUGUAUCAUCGCCAAGAUAGCUGGACCGGGUAGAAAGCGGCACACCCCAGAACCAGACCCCAGCAGCAGCGGCAGCAGUGACGCCGGGGACGGGCGGCCCGUGAGCGCCAAGCGCCUGAAGAUGGCCAGCAGCAGUGAGUCAGGUCGGCGGAAUGGGGGUCAGCGCAGCGCAGAUGACAGCACCAGCAAGAAGAAGCAGAAGGACAGGGCCAACCAGGAGAGCAGGGAGGCCAAGCGAGCAGCAGCAGGGGCCAAUGCAGAGCACAAGAAAGAUGUGUUUGUGGACUGGAAGCAGAAUGCUAAUGAGGUGAUCGCGAGGCUGCGCUGUGGAGACGGGGUGCAGAGGGUGGAGGACGUCACCACUACCUUCACCGACACAGACUGUCAGGCCCGCUUCCCAGAUGGGCGCCAGUGGGACUGUCAUCUGCAUGAGGAGAUUGAAGGCUCCUGCAGCAAAGUACAGUACAAAGAGAAGAGUGGCUUCCUCCUGCUGGUCAUGCACAAGAAGGUCCCCUUCCACUCCUGGCCUUCCCUUAUGCAAAAUAAAAAGGAGAAGCAGCCUGUGAAAGUGGAGGCCAAGAACGGUAAAGACCAGAAACAGCCGCCUCUGGUAAAGCCUGAGAAGUCGGUCCCGGAGACGGAAGACAUGGCUGAACUGUCCACCCAGACGUCUGCUCCACCGGCACAGUGUGAACAGAGGCGUGGCAAAGCAGAGCGAGGUGUCAAACGCAUCAUGAACUACAAACCAGCCGACAGGCCAGAGUCUGUGGUGAAGGCUGGCGGAGAGGGGCAGACCAAGCCGGUCAGUGUCAGUAAAGGGGACCUGCCUCAGGAGCCCAGUGCCAAGCGCCCCGUCCAUCCCCCCAAGGUCUCCACGGACCCCACCUCAGAGAUGCCCAGGGAUACGCACUCCAAGUCCACAGCCAAUGGGAAACCACACAGCCCCACUGGCCGGGACCUCCAGACAUCUACAGCUGGUGACAAUCGAGCUGAGCUGCUUGGCAAUGGCCAUGAGGGUACAACACCUGAGGUAGCCGUCAGCCACACGCAGCAGGAGUUGAAAGUUCAGACGGAGGACACGAAGGCCCCAGAGUCUGAUUUCAAGGCUGGUGCAGAAGAGGUGAUCAUACCGGCAGCCACUGUGUCCAGUGCUGAGAUCAGUCCCAAGGCUGGAGCCUCCACCAACAGAACAGAGAGGCCAGGGGAGGCCCAGAGGCCAGGGGAGGCCCAGAGGCCAGGGGAGGCCCAGAGGCCAGGGGAGGCCCAGAGGCCAGGGGAGGCCCAGAGGCCAGGGGAGGCCCAGAGGCCAGGGGAGGCCCAGAGGCCAGGGGAGGCCCAGAGGCCAGGGGAGGCCCAGAGGACUGAUUCUGAGACGCGAGUGAGACAGCCUCCGAAUGAGGCUGACCAGGCCACUGAGUCUCUAACACCAACCAAUCGGUCAGGAUCAGGGAAUCCUGUGACUGCAACAGACACCAAGCAGGCUGAGUCCUCCAGCAGCAGCAGCAUUCAGGAGGAGAAGAGGGACCGGUCUAAGGAGGAACCUCUGGAGAUGAAGCAGGAGGAAGCAGUUCCAGAGCCAAUGGUGAACCUGAAGUUGUUGAAGAACGACUCGUACGAGAAAGGGACAGACCUGAUGGUGGUCAACGUGUACAUGAAGGGUAUCGUCAGAGAGACAGCCAGGGUGAUCUUCAGAGAACAGGACUUCACACUCAUCUUCCAGACCAGCGAUGUAAAUUUCUUGCGUCUUCAUGCGGACUGCGGAGCGAACACCGUCUUUAAGUGGCAAGUCAAACUCCGGAACCUCAUCCAGCCUGAGCAGUCCACGUAUGCCUUCACCCCAUCCCGUUUAGACAUCACCCUGAAGAAGAGGCACAGCCAGCGCUGGGGGGGGCUGGAGGCCCCUGCUACACAAGGUGCAGUGGGUGGCGCCAAGGUUGCUGUGCCCUCCGCACCGUCCUCUCAGGCCAGUCAGCCGGGCAGCAGCAAGCACUCCCUCUCUGCCAAGGAGGAGCCGCCCUGGGUGGGGGAGGGGAAAGCCAAGCCCCCUCGGACAGUGGACGGAUGCCUGGACAGUGUGUCAUCCCGCACCGUCUCAGACCAUGUACCAAUCAAACAGGAGCCUGCAGUCACGCCCAAGCCCACCUGUAUGGUCCAGCCCAUGACCCAUGCACCUCCUGCCGGCAGUCAGCGCAGCCAGCGCAGCGUUGAGGAGGAAGAGGAGGAGGAGGAGAAGGUGUGUCUGCCAGGCUUCACAGGCCUGGUCAACCUGGGCAACACAUGCUUUAUGAACAGUGUCAUCCAGUCUCUUUCCAACACCCGGGAACUCAGGGACUACUUUCAUGACCGGGCGUUUGAGAAUGAGAUCAACUGUCAUAACCCGUUGGGGACGGGUGGGCGGCUGGCCAUCGGGUUCGCUGUGCUGCUCCGGGCUUUGUGGAAGGGCACCCACCAUGCUUUUCAGCCCUCUAAGUUAAAGGCGAUCGUGGCCAGUAAGGCCAGUCAGUUUACAGGCUAUGCCCAGCACGAUGCCCAGGAGUUCAUGGCCUUCCUCCUGGAUGGGCUCCACGAGGACCUGAACCGCAUCCAGAACAAGCCCUACACAGAGACCGUGGACUCAGACGGACGGCUGGACGAGGUGGGUGAAAUCAAGGUGGUGGCAGAUGAGGCGUGGCAGAGGCACAAGAUGAGAAACGACUCGUUCAUCGUAGACCUCUUCCAGGGCCAGUACAAAUCCAAGCUCGUCUGCCCAGUGUGCUCCAAGGUUUCCAUAACCUUUGACCCCUUCCUCUACCUUCCCGUGCCCUUGCCCCAGAAGCAGAAGGUCCUCACAGUGUUCUACUUCGCUAAAGAGCCUCACAAGAAACCCAUGAAGUUCCUGGUGAGUGUGAGUAAAGAGAACUCGAGCACAGCCGAGGUCCUGGAGUCCAUCUCUCGGAGUGUGAGGAUCAAGGCAGAGAACCUGAGACUGGCUGAGGUAGUGAAGAGUCGCUUCCAUCGACUCUUCCUCCCAUCCAACUCCCUGGACACGCUCUCCUCCUCGGACAUGCUCUUCUGCUUCGAAGUGCUGUCUAAGGAGCUGGCCAAGGAGAGGGUGGUGGUGCUCCGAGUCCAGCAGAGGCCUCAGGUCCCCAGUAUUCCCAUCUCGAAGUGUGCUGCCUGCCUGAAGCCUCCUCUCUCGGAUGAAGAGAAACUGAAGCGAUGCACCCGCUGCUACCGCGUGGGUUACUGCAACCAGGUUUGCCAGAAAAAACAUUGGUCCAGCCACAAGGUUCUGUGUGGGCCCAACAUAGAGAACGUGGGACUUCCCUUCCUGGUCAGCGUCCCUGAGUCCAGACUCACCUAUGCCCGGCUGUCCCAGCUGCUGGAAGGAUACUCAAGGUAUUCAGUGAACGUGUUCCAGCCUCCCUUCCAGUCUGGCAGGACGUCUCCAGAGGUCACCCAAUGCCUGGCUGACCUUCCCCCUCCAGCAGAGACCCCUGAAAGUGUGGGGCCAGGGGAUAAGGACAGGGGUGGUGGGGCAGGGGACUCGGAGCAGGAGGGCUCCUCUCUGGUACCUGAGGCUCCACUAGAGACAGCCCAGGCCUCAGCACAUCCAGCCGGAGACCCAGACGCCCUCUCCACCCACACCACAGACUCCGGUUUCAUUGAGGCCUCCUAUGACUCCCAGGGAGAGAAGGAGACCUCCUGUGAGAAGGCUGUCAGACCAGAAGGUAAAGCUGCUGUGACCGGCUACCAGCAACCAUCAGAGUCUGCGUCCAGCCACACAUCUCAGUUCUACAUCACCGUCCUCGACUCCAACAGCAAGGAGCAGACACUGGAGGAAAAGGAAGAGGCCGUUCUGGACCUCCCUGAGGACUCCAGCCUGGAGCUGGUGUGGAAGAACAACGAGCGUCUCAAGGAGUACGUCCUGGUUCGGUCCAAGGAGUUGGAAUUUGAAGAGGACCCUGGGUCGGUCAACGAGACAGCCAGGGCCGGACACUUCACCUUGGAGCAGUGCCUCAACCUCUUCACUAGGCCUGAGGUGCUGGCACCAGAGGAGGCAUGGUACUGUCCAAAGUGCCAGCAGCACAGAGAGGCCUCCAAGCAGCUGCUGCUAUGGCGUCUGCCCAACGUCCUCAUCAUCCAGCUGAAACGCUUCUCCUUCCGCAGCUUCAUCUGGAGGGACAAGAUCAACGACAUGGUCGACUUCCCCGUCAGGAACCUGGACCUCAGUAAGUUCUGUAUUGGUCAGAAGGACGACAUGCAGCAGCCGCCCAUCUAUGACCUCUAUGCAGUCAUCAAUCACUACGGGGGCAUGAUCGGAGGUCACUACACUGCCUACGCACGCCUGCCCAGCGCCCAGAACAGCCAGCGCAGUGAUGUUGGCUGGCGUCUGUUUGAUGACAGUACGGUGACGAUGGUGGAGGAGAGCCAGGUGGUGACACGCUAUGCCUAUGUGCUGUUCUACCGCCGCCGCAACUCCCCCGUGGAACGGCCACCUCGCUUCCUGGGGGCCGAGUCCCCCACCUCUGCAGGAGCCAGCGCCAGCCAGGCAUCUCUGAUAUGGCAGGAACUGGAGGAGGAAGAGGAGGGUGUUGAAGAGGGCCCCCGGGGCCUGUUCCGUCCCAGGCUGGGGAGGAGAAGAGCAGCCAGGAGGGAGGAGGGGGUGGAGGGGCAGGUGUGGAGGCUGCUGCGCCAAAGGAUCCCGCAUUAUUCUGAUGACGACUGUGUCCGAUAUUUUGUCCUGGGUACCUUGGCUGCUCUACUAGCGUUGUUAGUGAACCUACUCUACAGAGCCAACUGGGGCUAAGCGGCCAGUAUCACACCCCACACAUACACGCAUGUAUACUAAAGAAAUAAGGCACGAGAGGGUGUGGUAUAUGGCCAAUAUAUCACGGCUAAGGGGUGUUCUUACAGACGACACAACGCGGGGUUCCUGGACACAGCCUUUAGCCGUGGUAUAUUGGCCAUAUACCACAAACCACCGAGGCACUGGUUACUGAAGUAAUUAGAGCAGUAAGAAUACAUGUUUUGUCAUACCUGUGGUAUAUGGUCUGAUAUACCACGGCUGUCAGCCAAUCAGCAUUCAGCGCUCGAGCCAACCAGUUUAUAAAUAGGCUUAUAUACAAAAAAAAUGUAAAGUCUAAUGAAAUAUCCAUGCCAAUACGAAAACAUUUUGUUUUGUAGAUGGCCUAUAAAUCAAUAUGCUGCUGAACACAUUCUAAAUUAUACACUGCAUAUCUGUUAAUCAAGUCCAAUAGCAUCUACUAGUAACUUGGCUCAGCAAGGCUUAGCCUUCUUAUUUACUGCAGUCCAUAACGUAUAUCCCUAUAAGAUACGUUAAAUUCUAGUUCAAACCUACUUCAGCCUUUUAUGUGUCCAUGCCAAGUGUCUGUCUCUCUCAUGUAGGUUUUCAGUACAAAAAUCUGAAAUGCGUGUUUCGUAAUGCUUAGUCCUGUGUUUUUGCACAAGAGAUGCUGCUGAGAGGACUUGAACGAGGGUACAGGGUUAACGUCCUACUGUGAUAGUGUUGAGUGGGUGAGGGAAUAAGAUAUUGUAAUCGUUUAGCUACAUCCCAGGGUGGUAUGAUGGGCUCCGCCUUGCUUUGUGCAGUCAUAACUUUGUACUGUAACCUGAAGACAGCUAAAAUGUGUGUUUUGCUUUAAUGAAUACAGAGUGUUUUAGACUCACUGUAAGCUAGUAUGUGCCUUCUGCUUGUUUGUCACAUUGCUGAUUUUUAUUUUUGAUUUUAUGUUGUCAUUGGUAAGCUCUUAAUUCAGCAGUUCUAUUGCUUUCUGUCCACUAGGGUUGGGCUCAAUUCGAAUUGGAGGCUGUUAAUUCAGGAAGUGAUUUGAAUUUAAAAUUCAGAAAUGUACUUAUUUUUUUCUCGAAAUAUAUAACUUUUACUUUUCAGUUUAUUGAGAAGUCAUUGAAAAUAAAUGCAUUUUUUUUUUCAGAUUAUUGCGUUGUAGUUUUUGUUUACUUCCUUCCUGUUUACUUCCUGAAUUGACUGCCUUAUGUUCGAAUUGAGCCCAACCCUGCUGUCCAUACGUUUUCCUUAUCCCUGUCAGACUUCAUGAAAGCCACUUGUUUAACCUUUUUUAAAUGUGCUUCUUUUUUUUGGGGGGGGGGGUGAAAUAGCGAGAUAUGUCAGAGCUUUACGACUGUUUGUGCAAAAUAAUAAGUGCGUUGAUGUACAGUAUGAAGCUGAAGCUUUUGUAGUGACGUCAACUCAUUAGGUGGACGGCAUCUCCUCUCUAUCAAUGAAAAUUGCUACACUUAAUGAUUAUCUGUGUUGCUGGUAUAUGGACUAACCUUCUGUAACAGUGGUGUAGUAAUAUGUUCAAGUCUCAGGGAUAUCACACUGCACUCUGUCAUGCCUCUCCAGCUGUAGAUGGGCUUGGAGAAUAUACAUGGCCACCAUCUGCUUUCAAUGCCCAGUAUGUCUCAGUGGUUUAUCCAGUGGUUUGCCUCAGUGAAAUGUCGACCACAAGGAAAUGUGAAUUAUCUAGGCUCCCUACAGAUGGCAAAGAUUCCCUAUGGUUGUGGGUGUAAAGUGAAAGUUACUGAUGUAAGGAAGUGUAUAUUUUAUAGCAGAAAUAUUUGCUAGAUUGCUGAAUAGAAAUUGUACAAUUUUAAAUGUAAUCUUAAUAGUCGCUAUUAUUUAAAAAGAAAGUGGGACAUUUCCUAGCAAUAAUGUGUACAGGUCCUUCCAUCUUAAUGCUGCCCCAAUAAACCAACACUUGUACUACUUUUCAAAAUAAAAUGUCAACCU